UUUACUUUGAAGGACGGAAUUUCAAACCGGAUGUAUUGUUGUUUGCCGGCAGAGCGUCCCUGUGAUCACAUAAGUUUUACUAAACAUUGCCCGGAGAGCAGAGACAUGUCGUUCUGCAGUUUCUUCGGAGGAGAGGUCUAUAAAGACCAUUUUAAACCAGGGGUUUAUGUCUGCUCCAAGUGUGAUCACCAGCUGUUCACCAGCCGCUCCAAGUACGAACACUCAUCUCCCUGGCCAGCAUUCACAGAGACCAUCCAUGAAGACAGUGUGUCCAAAAAAGAGGAGAGACCUGGGGCCUAUAAGGUGCGAUGUGGGAAAUGUGGAAAUGGACUAGGCCAUGAGUUUGUGAAUGAUGGGCCAGGCAAAGGCAUGUCUCGCUUCUGAAUAUUCAGCAGCUCACUGAAGUUCGUCCCUAAAGAUAAGGUUGAUGGACAGUAAGGUGAGCCGUUAGAGGAAAAUGCUGCUAGAGUUGUAGAACUUUCUCUGCGCUGCUGAAGGUGUGGACAGUGGAUGAAGUGUUCUGGGAUAAAGCCCAAUCUGGGAGCGUCAGGGCUCUGAAGAAUGAUGUCCACACUGAGCAGCAAAAACAGAGGACUGGUCGCAACACUUUUUUAUGAUGCAAUCAUCACCAUCUCACUGUAGCCUCUCGAUCACAGUCUCACCACUUUUUAAACACUUAUUUAUAAUAAUUAGGAAAUACACAGUCAUGCUAUUUUUUUAUUGAUAAUUUUGCAAAUAAACUAGCUUAACGAAAAAGACUUCAUCUCAACGCAAAAGCUUUGAUUAAUGCUUUUUAUUUCUAACCCUGCUUUCCAAACUAAAGGAAUUGGUACUGACACCACAUUAAAUCUAAGUCUAGGUAAAGUUUUCUCAGGAUAUUUUUUUUAAAAUUAAUUAAUAAACUGCAUCUACCUGCGAUGUAUGAUGUGCAAGAUGCUGACCAUUUAUAAUAUUUCUGUUUUCACUUGAUAAGCUUUAUGUACAUUGUUCACAAUGACUGCUAUGCAAACUGAAAUAAAUGUAUUUUAAAAUAACAAAA